AUGGCCGAUGUCGACAUGUCGGACGUUGGUCCCCCAACCGACCACAUUCAGACCUCUACCCCCGAAGAGACGCUCAAGUUACUCUACGAUCUUGACACAGUGACACAGAUUCCAGAAGGGGAGUUCACCAAGGACAUUCCCCCACCGCCGAUACGGGAGUUUACCAAGCCAACUAGUAAGUCGACACCGACGCAAGAUGGGCAGCCUGGAGCUUUGUCGGUACCGGCCGGCUCAGGAAACCAGGUUGAUGACGAUGACGAGGAGGAGGAGGAGAGCGACGACGAAUACAACGAGCGUCCUCCGCGAAGCACCAAUCCGCGCACCUUGGAAGAACGCCUCCGGCGGGAACUUGAAUACAUAGAUAACAUGCUCGAACAGGACGAGGAGGAGGACGAGCAGAACAUGGUGGUGCCACGCGAACAGUGGAGAGCGGCAGACUUCGUCAAGGACGACAUGGUUUAUGCAAGCAUCGACGUGCUGGUCAUAGACGCCCUACGCCACAUACAAACCUUGGAGAAGAAUAGCAUGCUGAGGCUGUACACCUCGUUCAUCUACCACUACAAGAGGUGGGCGGCGAAAAUGCUGAAGCAAAUACGCGACAAGCUUCCCCAGGAGCAUAGGCUUAGGCACGUCGACAAGAUCGGCCACUACAUCCGGGACAACAAAAAGAAGAAUUGGGACCAAGUGGCCGAGGUCCUCCGGGAGUACAUCUGGCUGCACGACCCUAGGGUAACCGAAACCCGGCUGCGCGCCUACGUGAAGUUCAUGAUACGUGAGUGUAAGCUCGAUGCUGAGUCGAUCGAGGAGGGGAACAAUGCCUCGCGAACCCGGCCUGUGCAAGGUACAACGGUGCACACGCUCCUCGGGCGCAUAAAGGCAUGCCAGAUGGCGGUGAGAGUGGAGGCGACGCUCUACCAGGAGAAGGAGCUGAGCAUCAUGCGGGAGAUAUCGGUGGUCAGAUCGGAGGUGCGGUUCAUGGUCCGCACCAAGAACGAGAGGGAUGUCAAGAAUUGUGCCGACCGGCGUCGCGGCACCAUCGGCAAUACCUACACCGCCGAACAGUUCCGCCAGAUCAUGAUGAAGGUGCUUCCGACAUGGGCGGCAUCGGCGUGGAACCCGCGGGCAACCGCUCCUUCGCAGACGCUGUGGCGAUUUCUACUCACCAAGGCGCUCACGCUACUCUCCCACCACACUCUCCUGCGAGGCGCCAGCAUCCGCGAGAUCACGCUCCCCGACAUCUUCUUGUACCGACUGGCUAGCACCUCGUCGAUGAACCCGGAGAACCAGCCGGUCGUCAUGGUGAUCGCCGCGCGGAACUCGAAGACUUCCAAGGAUGCCCGUCUUCAGCAGAGCUACGCGGCGCGACACCUGGAAGCGGAGUUGUGCACCGUCGGCGAGACCGGCCUGUGGCUGCACUUCAUCCUCGACCAGAUCGGUCAGUUCAACGGCGUCGACUUCCUUCCGCCGCUAGACACCACCGAACGCGAGCGCUGGUACAAGAAGCACCUCUUCUUCGCCCGCAAUGACAAGGAGCAAAAAGAGCUCUCCGCCGCCAGCCACCAACGUUGGACACGGCAAAUGUGGACGAUCAACAAGGUGUUCUGCAAGCGGAACGUGCACGCCGCUCGCGCCGGAGGUGCGCAGGAGCUGGCCAUCGAAGGGACGCCUCGCACUGAGAUCGCCGAGCUGGGUCACUGGGCACUCGACAAGAUGACGCGUGCUUACAUCACAGCCAUUCCCGUUGGGGUGGUGAUGAGGAAGGCCGGCUACUCGGGUUGCAAGCAAGACUACUUCUUGGGUCGCAGCAGGGUCGAGCCCUCCGACAAACUCUUGGACAUCAUCGCCGAUCACAUCUUCCCCGGCGUGGAUGCUCUGCUACGCGAUGUAUGUUAG